AUGCACCGCCACGGCUUCGCCAACGGCUACGCUGGCUACAGCACGGGCGGGCAGCAGACGUUCCAUAUCGAGCCUCACAAGUUUCAGCCGCGCUCCACGCCGGCGCAGCGAAGACGUCGGUCAUUAUUCAUUAGAAUAGGCCUUCUCUCCGCCGUCGUUGUAACUUCGCUCUUCCUGUUUUCCUCGGGCUUCAGGGCAGCUGUCGGCCCCGUCCUGACGCUCGGCCUGUUCUCCGCCUCGCCCGACUUCCAGCUCGAGACCGUUCGCUACUACGACCUCAACAAUGUGCAAGGCACGGCGCGGGGCUGGGAAAGAGAAGAGCGCAUUCUGCUGUGCGCUCCGUUGAGAGAUGCGGCGCCGCAUUUGCCCAUGUUCUUUGGACACCUGCGGAACCUAACGUAUCCGCACAAUUUCAUUGAUUUGGCGUUCUUGGUUGGAGAUUCGAAAGACAACACACUCGAGCUGCUCUCAGAGCUACUGGAAGGACUGCAAGCGAACGAGGACCCCACGCAGCAUUUCGGAGAGAUUUCUAUCAUGGAGAAGGACUUUGGUCAAAAGGUCAAUCAAGACGUGGAGAGCAGGCAUGGCUUUGCUGCGCAGGCUGGCCGGAGAAAGUCUAUGGCCCAAGCGCGCAACUGGUUGUUGAGCGCAGCCCUGCGUCCUACGCACAGCUGGGUAUACUGGCGUGACGUGGACGUUGAGACUGCACCGUUCACAAUCCUGGAGGAUCUUAUGCGCCACAACAAGGACAUCAUAGUACCCAACGUGUGGCGACCUCUGCCAGAUUGGCUCGGCGGAGAGCAGCCCUACGACCUAAAUUCGUGGCAAGAAUCCGAAACGGCUCUUGCUCUCGCGGACACCCUCGACGAAGACGCUGUCAUUGUCGAAGGCUAUGCAGAGUACGCAACGUGGCGUCCUCAUCUUGCUUAUUUGCGGGACCCUUAUGGAGAUCCUGAUAUGGAAAUGGAAAUCGAUGGUGUCGGCGGUGUCAGCAUUCUGGCCAAGGCUAAGGUCUUCCGGUCCGGCGUGCAUUUCCCAGCCUUCAGUUUCGAGAAGCACGCAGAAACCGAAGGGUUUGGCAAGAUGGCCAAGAGGAUGAAAUACUCUGUUGUUGGGCUCCCACACUACACCAUUUGGCACUUGUAUGAGCCAAGUGUCGAUGACAUUCGGCAUAUGGAGGAAAUGGAACAAGAAAGGCUUGCAAAGGCACAAGAAACCCAGGAAAAGGAGGACCGUCUAAAGAAGUUGAAGGACACUUUCGAAACCCCGUCUGAUCAGUGGAGAAAAGACAAGGCGGAUAUCAGAAAGAUAGCUAAGGAGGAGUAUAUGGAAAACGAGAAGGACGGAAAGACCAGCAAUUCUGAUCAGACGGACUCCAAGGCUCAGACCUCGAAGGACGAUUCCGCGAAGGGUAGCUCCGGGAAGGACAGCUCCGGGAAGGACAGCUCCGUGAAGGACAGCUCCGUGAAGGAUAGCUCCGUGAAGGACAGCUCUGUGAAGGACAACUCUGCAAAGGACAGCUCUGCAAAAGACAGCUCCGCAAAGGACAGCUCUGCAAAGGAUACGCUAGCAAAGGACAGCCUCGCAAAGGACAAUCUCGCAAAGGACAGCUCCGCCAAGGAACAGACUUCGAACAAGGACCACGCCGAGUCGUCCAAAGCCAAGGCUGAACAAGUCAAAGAAGAGCAAUCGAAGAAGAACCAGAAUGCCGUCGAGCGGGCGAAGGCUGCACACGCAAAAUUCGAGGCUGAGAAAAAGGAAGCCGAAGAGAAGUCCGACAGGGACCAAGUCACGGGAGAGAAGAAGGCGGAGGCUCCUCUUGUGAAAGAUGAUGGCAAAGACAGUGCCAAGCAGAUCAAAGACCCACUCGAGUAA